UGCCGCAGUCCUCCGGGAUGACAGAGAGGGAGAGCUAGAGCGACCGAAGGCGACGGUCGCGCUUGCCCACGCGACGCGUUCUCUCCCUCCUCCCUCCUCAGGGCUCCUCAGGCUGGUUGGGGGAGUGCGCCUGCGCGCCGAAUCUCGUUACGACGAAAGAGGGUAAGAAGAGCGGGACGGAGCCGCUCUUCCUCGGCCAGCGUCGGAAGCAGCGAUGCAUCAUUGUAAGCGCUACCGCUCCCCCGAGCAGGAGCCCUACACGAACCACAGAUGGAAGAGAAGGCGGUCUCGCAGCAGGGAGCAUCACGAAGGAAGGGUGCGAUAUCCCAGUCGCCGGGACCUUUCACGGAGGUCACGUUCUAGAAGCCAGGACAGAAUGCCCUAUCAGAGACGAUACCGAGAUGGAGCAGACAACGAGGUCUAUAAAUUUGAAGAACAGAGCCCGUCUUUUGGAGAGGACUAUUACGCUUCCCAUCGCUCACGCCAUCGCCGGAGAACUCGGGACAGAGAGCGUCACCGGACACGGAAGCGCCAGCAUCGUUGCCGGAAACGCAGGACCAGGUCUUGUAGCAGUACCUCCUCGAGAAGCCAACAGAGCAAUAAGCGCAGCAGGAGCGUGGAAGAUGACAAGGAAGGUCACCUGGUGUGCAGGAUCGGCGAUUGGCUCCAAGAGCGAUAUGAAAUUGUCGGGAGCCUGGGCGAAGGGACCUUUGGGAAAGUUGUGGAGUGUGUGGACCACGCCAGGACCACACAAUUGCAUUUCCCAAUGUCAUUGGUGCCGACGUGCCCCACAACCAGACUUCUCCCCAGCACUAUCAACCGAUCUAGACAAUGCGUGAUGUCUGCAAACAUUGCACUGAGCCGAAGCAAGGCUCUGGUAGCUCUGAAAAUCAUUCGAAAUGUGGGCAAAUAUCGUGAGGCGGCCAGACUAGAAAUUAAUGUCCUAAAGAAAAUUAAAGAGAAAGACAAGGAAAACAAGCACUUGUGUGUCCUGAUGUCAGACUGGUUUAACUUCCACGGGCACAUGUGCAUUGCGUUUGAGCUUUUGGGAAAGAACACGUUUGAAUUCCUUAAGGAGAACAACUUCCUGCCCUACCCUCUCCUGCAGAUCCGACACAUGGCCUACCAGCUCUGCCAUGCCCUGAAGUUUCUGCACGACAACCAGCUGACUCACACUGACCUCAAACCAGAAAAUAUCCUGUUUGUAAAUUCAGAAUUCGACACUUUGUACAAUGAGAAAAAGAACUGCGAAGAGAGGUUGAUCCGGAACACGAGCAUCCGGGUCGCUGAUUUUGGGAGCGCCACGUUUGAUCACGAGCAUCAUACCACCAUUGUGGCGACCCGGCAUUAUCGCCCCCCAGAGGUGAUCUUGGAGCUGGGCUGGGCACAGCCAUGUGAUGUAUGGAGCAUCGGCUGCAUUCUCUUUGAGUAUUACCGGGGGUUCACACUCUUCCAGACUCACGAGAACAGAGAGCAUCUUGUAAUGAUGGAGAAAAUCCUCGGCCCAAUCCCACAGCACAUGGUCCGCAAAACACGGAAGCAAAAGUACUUUCACAAGGGAAGUUUGAUGUGGGAUGAGAAUACCUCUGAUGGUAGAUAUGUCCAGGAGAACUGUAAACCACUGCAGACGUACAUGCUGCAAGAUUCCUCCGAGCACAUGCAGCUGUUCAACCUGAUGAGACAGAUGUUAGCAUUCGAUCCUGCUCAGCGGAUCACGUUUGCCGAAGCUCUGGUCCACCCAUUCUUUGCUGGCCUGUCUUCAGAGGAGAGGCGGCUGAGUUGCCGAGAUUCUAGCCGGGACCUAAGCAGAUGACAGAAGGUCAAAGGUGGAGAUUCCAGCGGGGGAUAUGUACAGAAUCUGAAAUUGGCCUGACUUUUGUUGUGGAGACUCCAGAGACCCUUCUGUAGCGCAGCAUUUCGAGGCAUUGGUGCAAUGUCAAAUGGACCCUCGUGGGAGGGGAAGAGACAGCUCCUGAAAAGCACAGAUUUGUCUCAUAUUUAUAUGUUGUAAAGUUAAAAUAAAGUGUUUCAUAUUGUUUGAUAAUUUA